GGAAACGACCAAAUCAAGCAAACACCAAUGUCAUCAACCAACUGGUCUGUUUUUAAUGUUUCUUCAGUUUGAAGUCUGGUGAUCGAGCCGCCACAAUGGCGCCUGUAAGAACCACAAGCGCUAUUGUCGUUGCAACUGCUACAAUCUCCAUUUCAAUGGCUGUUUUCUCGUACUUCCUUUUCUUCAAAAAGAUCACAUCGACCCUUCAUUCCGGCAAGAAGAAAAAGCCCGGAAAUGGAAUUGUUGAUGCCAUUGGUAACACCCCUUUGAUUCGUAUCAACAGCCUGUCUGAAGCCACUGGCUGUGAGGCUCUGGAAUCAGGUGAUCUGGCUCCCGGUGGAGUAGUCACUGAAGGAAGUGCUGGAAGUACUGCAAUUAGCCUUGCCACGGUGGCUCCUGCCUAUGGAUGCAAAUGUCAUGUAGUCAUCCCAGAUGAUGUUGCUAUUGAGAAGUCUCAAAUACUUGAAGCACUGGGAGCUACUGUCGAAAGGGUUAGACCAGUAUCAAUUACACACAAAGACCAUUAUGUCAAUAUUGCUAGGAGGCGAGCACUAGAAGCAAAUGAAUUAGCAGCGAAGAAUAAAAAGGCCAGGCAAGUUGAUGACAAAGACCUGGAUCGAAUGAAUGAUUGCAUACUUGACCAGGAGAAGGAAAAUCCAGGUUUCUUGAGUCAUUGUAAUGGUGGUUUCUUUGCUGAUCAAUUUGAAAAUUUAGCAAACUUCAGGGCCCACUAUGAGCAUACGGGGCCUGAGAUUUGGGAGCAGACUGGUGGCAGUCUAGAUGCAUUUGUUGCAGCUGCAGGCACUGGUGGUACUGUGGCUGGUGUUUCCAAGUUUCUCCAGGAGAAGAGUCCCAAAAUCAAGUGCUUUUUGAUAGAUCCUCCUGGUUCUGGUUUGUUCAAUAAGGUAACAAGGGGAGUCAUGUACACAAAAGAGGAAGCUGAAGGACGAAGGCUUAGGAAUCCUUUUGACACCAUAACAGAAGGGAUUGGAAUAAACAGAUUGACUCAAAAUUUUAUGAUGGCCAAGCUUGAUGGGGCUUUUCAAGGCACAGACAAGGAAGCUGUUGAAAUGUCGAGGUUCCUUUUGAAGAAUGAUGGGCUUUUCCUGGGGAGUUCUUCAGCCAUGAACUGUGUUGGAGCUGUUAGAGUGGCAAAGGCUCUCGGCCCCGGCCACACUAUUGUAACUAUUAUAUGUGAUAGCGGGAUGAGGCAUCUAAGUAAAUUUUAUGAUGCCAAGUAUUUGUCUCAAUAUGGAUUGACACCCAUGGCAACCGGAUUAGAGUUCAUGAGCAUCAAAUGAACUCUAGUCAUAGAAUCAAAAGGCAUAU